UCUUAACCGACUUUCAUCUCUCGUUGUGACAUCUAAACUUGUUGUGAGCGUGCGUUUCAGUUCUCUCUUCGAAGCCCUAAUCUGUUGCUCCUUCCACCUCUCCUCUUCAGGUAAACUCGUCACAGUCUCCAACUUUCCUUUCGUUUCCUUUGGUCUCUGAGCAAGCAAACAUCGCUUGAGUUGUCCAUCAUGUCGAGGCCGCUCUCAAAGUUGCUCUUCAAGGGAAUUUCAGGCUUCCCGGCUGCCUGUUCUAGUAAAAUUGUAUCUGGAUCCUUUUAUCAAAAUGGAAUGAGAUACUCAACCUCUGUGCCUAAUGACUCCGACACACAUGACGAUUUUAAACCCGCUAAUAAGUUCGACGGUUCUGGCCUUAGUUUGAAGGAACUUGUUGAACAGGAUGUGAAGGACAACCCUGUAAUGCUUUAUAUGAAAGGAGUGCCUGAGGUUCCCCAAUGUGGAUUCAGCUCACUUGCAGUAAGGGUGUUAAAACAAUAUGCUGUUCCUUUGAGUGCUAGGAAUAUUUUGGAAGAUCCUGAGCUCAAAACUGCUGUUAAAGCUUUUAGCCACUGGCCAACAUUUCCACAGAUAUUCAUCAAGGGGGAGUUCAUUGGAGGGUCAGACAUAAUUCUCAAUAUGCACCAGUCUGGUGAGCUCAAGGAAAAGCUCAAGGAUAUCGCGGUCAAUCAAGAGAAGUCUGCAUAAGAAAAAUUAUGAGAGGGUAGGUUAAAUGUUAUCUGUGUAAUCUUUUGUUGAUAAAAGAUGACUAGAUAUGUGGUUAUCCUUGUUUCCUUCAAAGUUGAUAAACCUAAUUUGCAAUAAAUGUCAGCUUAAUAUUCUCUUUUCAUCUUCAA